CCUAAUCCUAUUUCUUUCUAUUUCUACUCCAUCAAACAUUAUAUCUCCACGUAAUAACCUUUGAGUUGUAGCUGAAUUAAUUUAAAAUAUUUAAAGUUAUCUCUCUUUUUAUUGAAAUGAUUUUAUAAUACAGUUUGUAAAAAACAAGACAACAGGUUUUAGCGUCAAACAGGAUGAAGACCUUGUGGUGUCUUUUGGUGGCCGUGGUCACGAUUCACGGCGCUUUCGGGGUUGAUAGGAACAAUUUUAAGACAUGCCAUCAAUCCGGCUUUUGUAAGCGUUUGAGAGGCUUCAAACCUGAAAAUUCUGAAUACACAUUAGACGUUAACAGUAUUAUCAUUGAUGGAAAUGUUUUAAUAGCGGAAGUUAAGACUAUUGAUUCUGAAUCGGAAAGGAGAACUGUAUUGUGGAACUACAUACUCAAAUUGUCUGCAUUAGAAGAUAACACAUACAGAGUGGAAUUGAAUGAGAAGAAUCCACUGUAUUCACGUUAUGUGCCGCAGCUUGCACUCCAGCGUGAUCCCAGACCUGAUGGAAUAAAAUUGGUCUCUAAAGAUAACGAGAAGGUGGUUGUAAUAAACACCCAAGGACAAAAAGUGGUGAUCAUUGCUGAACCUCUCAAGUUGGAGUUCUACGACAAGAAUGGUGAGGUAGCUUUGGUGCUCAAUGAGAACGCACAACUCCUAGUGGAGCCACUGAGGAAGAAGAAAGAGCAAUACGAUGAUGAAGAAGGAAAUGCUGUAGAUGGGGAUGAGGAAGGAACAUGGGGCGAGAAUUUCAAGUCACACCACGACAGCAAGCCGCGAGGCAACGAGGCCGUCUCACUCGACGUCUCAUUCCCCGACGCUGAUCAAGUUUAUGGUAUACCCGAGCACACAGAUAGAUUCCACCUGGCGACCACAACCUCAGGCGAUCCCUAUAGGCUAUACAACUUGGACGUGUUUGAAUAUGAACUGGACAGUCGCAUGGCCAUCUACGGAGCUAUACCUGUCUUGUACGCACACGGGACAAAGCGUACGGUGGGCGUGUUCUGGCAUAACUCCGCUGAGACGUGGGUGGACGUGGUGAACUACGGCGACAGUACCGUGGUCUCGUCUCUCGUGAACCUGGUCACCGGCGGACAGAAGCACAGGAUCGACACACGGUUUAUGAGUGAAUCAGGCGUGUUAGAUUUGUUCGUUCUGCUGGGCGACACGCCGGCCGACGUGUUCCGUCAGUACACCACGCUCACUGGAGUAGCACCUCUGCCGCCGCGUUUCUCCCUGGCGUACCAUCAGUCGCGGUGGAACUACGUUGAUGAGGCUGAUGUUCGCGGUGUGGACGACAACUUCGACGCCCACGAUAUCCCCGCUGACGUCAUCUGGCUGGAUAUCGAGUACACUGACCGCAAGAUGUACUUCACAUGGGACUCGGAGAAGUUCAGGCACCCAUCUGAAAUGGUCGCUAACCUUACGGCCAAGGGUCGCAAACUGGUGGUGAUCAUAGACCCUCACAUCAAGCGGGAGCCGGGCUACUUCUACCAUGAAGACGCGACACAGAAUGGUUACUACGUGAAAGAUAAAGAUGGAAAAGAUUAUGAAGGCUGGUGCUGGCCAGGCUCCUCAUCAUACCCAGACUUCCUGAAUCCAGUAGUGCACAACUACUACGCGUCGAGAUAUAGCUUCGACAAGUUCCCUGGUACCAGCAAGGAUGUUCACAUCUGGAAUGACAUGAACGAGCCCAGUGUUUUCAACGGUCCAGAGGUCACGAUGCCCAAGGAUUGCCGUCAUUAUAAGCAGCCUGAAGACGGUGUCGAAGGCAUCGGUUCAUUCUGGGAACACAGACAUGUUCACAACGAGUACGGUCUGUUCUACAUCCGCGGCACCCACGAGGGAAUGUUGUCGCGCGCCCCCAACUACCGCCCCUUCAUACUCACUAGAGCAACCUUCGCCGGUACCCAGAGGUACGCCGCAAUGUGGACGGGUGACAACACAGCCGAGUGGGGUUUCUUGGCUGCGACAGUGCCUAUGUGCAUCUCCGUUGCCAUCUCAGGAGUCAGCUUCUGUGGUUCUGACGUCGGCGGGUUCUUCAAGAACCCUGAUGCCGAGUUGAUGACGAGGUGGUAUCAGGCGGGUGCUUUCCAGCCGUUCUUCCGCGCACACUCGCACAUCGAGACCAAGCGGCGAGAACCGUGGCUGUUCGAGCCAGCAACCACUGCGCUACUGCGGGAUGCUGUACGCAAACGAUACGCACUGCUCGACUUCUGGUACACGUUAUUCUUCGAGCAUUCGAGGGAUGGACUGCCUGUGAUGCGGCCGCUGUUCCAGCAGUAUCCCAAAGAGCAGGCCACUUUCACCGUCGACAAUCAGUACCUACUGGGAGAUAAGCUGUUAAUCCGGCCAGUGUUAGAGCAAGGCGUGACAUUAGUUAAAGUGUACCUCCCGGGAGCGGACACGCACACUCUUUGGUAUGACGUUGACACCUACCAGGCUCACCAGGCCAACGGUUUCAUCACACAGGAAGUCAAUAUUGCUAAGACGCCAGUGUACCAGCGCGGCGGAUCAGCCGUUUGGCGGAAGGAGCGAGUGCGCAGAUCGUCGGCGCUGAUGCUGAACGAUCCAUACACCCUCGUGCUGGCUCUCGACGAGAACAAUACGUCUGAAGGCACUCUGUACAUUGACGACGGUGAGACAUAUAACUACAAGCAGAAGAUAUAUAUAUAUUCUAAGGUCAAGUACACACCGGAGGGUAUUACAUAUACAUUCAUCGACGAAAAUGCGUCAUACCCUACCCGAUCAUGGGUGGAACGUAUCGUCAUAGCUGGCAUAAAAACUCCGCCAAAAACAGCCAAACUGCACCAGAAUGAGAAGCAGACAGCCCUGCUGAUGACCCUCCACAAGGGUAAUGACGUCCUGGUGAUCAGGAAGCCUGGCGCCAGCAUGGCUAAACCGUGGAAGAUAGUAUUUAGUUAUUAAAUUAGAUAUUAAAUCUUUACAUACUUAUUGAUGUUUUAAUAACGGAAAUUCAAUUUGAGUUUAAUAUUCAAUUGUUAUUACUAGUUAUAAUUUGUGGUGUUGGCUGUUUAAAUUGGGAUGAAAAUUGUCCUAUAAGUCUAAUCCAGGGUCUAUUUAAAUACCAAAUUUCAUUACUAUCCGUUUACCACUUUAAAUGGGGUUGAGCUACAAAUGAUCAGUAACUUUAGCUAGUAGCCAGCUAGUAUCUACGAUUUUGUCUACAUGAUUAAAACUAUCUUUUACAUGAAUGGUUAAUUUCAUAAUAAUUUGUUUAGCCAUUGCUUUAAUGAAUGACAUACAAUAAUACAUGUGUACUAGUAAAGAUUAUUAUCUGUAUUAUUAAUUAGUAUUUUUAUAAUUUAAUUACUUCAUAGUUCAAUAUUGCCAUAAACUAGACUUAAUUACGUCCAAUAAAUCUUCAUAAUUUUCAAUACAUUUAAGUUUUAUUUACAUUGUUUUUGUGUUCAUUAAAACAUCAUUAAGUUAUCAUCCAACUUCGAAGUAGCAUGAGUCGUUAAACAUGUUUCGACUUGUCCAGAAGUUGUCUUUACAAAGUUCAUAGAACAAUUAUAUCAUCUGUGGUUUACAUAGUUUAUACUCUCUCUAUAUUAUAAUGCAUGUUAUAUUCAAUAAUACCAUAUACUAAUAUGUAUAUUGUGGCAUUCGUCAACUGAAAUUGUAGAGAAAUUUAGUAUAUUUUAGAAUUUGAUAUUGCAAGUAUCAAAACGAUACAGUAAAACCAGUCAUUCGUAAGCGAAUAUCCUUUAGGAUAUAUAUAGUAUACAAUAUGAUAAGAUAUACUGAAUCCCUAACGUUUAGUAUGACGUAAUAUGUUUAACAUGUA